ACUUUCUUCAAUGGCUUUAUUAUGUCUGUCUUGUUGAUUUUUUUCUAUUCUCUCUGAAGUCUGAACUCUAAAAAUAGCAACCACUGCAGGCUUGCCUUUUUUCUCUUUCAUGGAGGUUUUGUGUUUUGUGACACAGAUAAUUUUAAACCCCAUUAGUUUUUUCUCUGUUUCACCAUUGGUUUGUACCAUUUAACUUUAUACUAGUAAUGGUAUUUCUUUUCUUUUUCUCUUUCAGGCUUUCACUCACUCACUCACACUUGAACACAUAAUCACUUGGGCUACAGUUUCUUCAUUUGGGUACAGAAAAGCCUUAUCCUUUCUCUUUUAUAGUGCUUUGUGCUAUUUUUGGUUACUCUUUGUACGAAUAAGAUCUUUCCCUUCACUUGUUUCGGUGGCUUUUUUCAUUAUUGAGUCCAACAUUCAAGGGCGUGUGCUGUCAAAGUUUGAAGCUCUUUAUUUAGUGUCUCUCUGGGGCUGCUGCUUCUUUUUAAUGGGAUUCUCUUGUUUUGGUGUAUUUGACAUCUCAGGGUCUGAGUUUCUUGACGAUUUGAGCUUUCAAAGAAGGAUUUUUUUUGGCUUAUUUCUUUUCUGAUUUCUGUACUCUUCAAGUGUUUGUAAAGUUCUUCAAUGGAUACUGUUGAACGAGGUGAAACUUGUUUGAGGGUUUUAAUUUGAUUAAGCUUGGUGUUUGUGGAAAGUAUUGAAAGAAAGAGUUUAAUUUUUCGCUUAAACUGAAGUGGGUUGGUUUUUAUUCAAUUUAAUGGAGCCUUGGAGCCAUGUUCCUGUGGGGAAAGUGCCAAUAGCAAAUGAAACAAUUUCACCUUCUGAUUCUUCUGCAAGAAGUAAAAAUAUAUUGAUGGGCUGGGAAUUGAAAAGUUUUGGUGAAUUUGGUAUUCAAGAAUUGGUAGGAAAAGGAGUACCUAGCAAUUCAACUAGAGAUGUUUUGAGUAGAAAAGAAAGUAGUGGGAGAUUGAAGAGUCCAUUUAUGCCUACAUCAAGCUCAUUUGUUGUUGAAGAUGAGUCCACUUCAAAGCUUUCAAGCUCUGUGGCGGACUCCGACUGUAGUAGGGACUCAUCAGUUUUUGAUCUGAAGCUUGGCAGGUUUGUUGAUCAAAGAUAUGCUAAAGCUCAUAACUCUAAGCCUUAUAGAGGAGCCCCUCUCUUGUCUUCUUCAGAAUCUUCUAUGCCUCCAAAGAGAGCAAGAGUACCAGGAAUUAUUUUUCAUACUGCCUUUUGCCAAGUUUAUGGUUGUAAUAAGGAUCUCAGCUCCUCAAAGGACUACCACAAGAGGCAUAAAGUUUGUGAGGUUCACUCAAAGACAGCUAAAGUUAUUGUGAAUGGCCUUGAGCAGAGAUUUUGUCAACAAUGUAGCAGGUUUCAUUUGCUGGCUGAAUUUGAUGAUGGUAAGCGCAGCUGUCGUAAACGCCUUGCUGACCACAAUGAGCGUCGGAGAAAGCCUCACGUUAGCAUUCACUCCGGCCGGACUGGGAAGCUACUUCAAUCAUAUAAUGCCUUUGCAGAUAGCAGAUUUCAGGGGUCUACACUAACAACAUCAUCCUUUAUUUGCCAAGAAAUACUUCCCAGAGGAAUUUUUCAUCAUGAAAAAUAUGAAACAAACGACUGGUGCAAGCGUAUAAAACAUGAAGAUGCGACUCAUUAUAAUCCUCUGUCAUCCAUGCCGAUCACAAGCGCAAGUCUGUCAUCUAAAUCACUUUUCCCUCAGAAUUUUGAGAAAGGGGUUCCCUUUUCUCAUGGCAAUGGAACUAAUACAACAACAGAAAGAUUUUUCUGUUUGAACAGUGCUCAAUUUCCACAUGAUGUAGAAGGGCCAAAUCUGUCAUGCAUGCCGAUCACAAGGGCAACAACAGAAAGCAUUUUCUGUUUGAAUGGUACUCAAUAUCCACAUGAUCUAGGAGGGCUAACUUCUUACUCAGGUAAUCUGUUCCAGGAUACCUCAUUAGGCAUUGAAGAUUUCAAUGUUUUUGAUUCAGCCUCAACCAUACAAGGAUUAUCAGAAAUUUCUGAAUCCGGUUGUGCUCUCUCUCUUCUGUCAACGAAAUGUCAACACUCCUCUAGCCAUUUCUCAGGAAUUCCCUUCACUCACCCUUGCCCUCGCCCUCUAGCCAUGCCAGCGGGCAGCAAUAGCCAUUUCAAUAUGACUCAAGUCUCUGAAAAGCUCACAGGCUUCACCUCACAGGCAUCAACAAGAAGUGGGGUCUCAAAUAAGUUCUCUUUAUCUGGAAUUAGCUCUGUUGAAGGAAGUAACUUGGGUCUCAUACUGAAAUUUGAUAAUAGUGAAGCAGUCAACUUUGACACCAAUGAUGGGAUCUACCAGGAGCCUGAUUGCAUGAACGCAAAGGAUCGCCUUUCAGGUGAAGACGGGGCUACAAUUGACUUGCUUCAGUUGUCAUCACAGCUUCAAAGAGUAGGGCAUCAAAGGCAAUCCAUGCAAGUAAAGCCUGGAAAUGAUGCUUUCUUCUGCCUUUAGAGCAAGAUACAGACACUUUGGGUUUUUACUUCCUUUUCCCCUAACCAAAACUCAUUUUGUCCAGAAAUAUUGAAAUAUAAAAUUAUCCAUAAUUUUUAAGUAA